AUGUUUUUUGUGAUUGAGCAAAAAUGCUUUUCUGCGUGUAAGCCUCGACUCGGACUUGAGUCUUUGACUGGUCAGAACAUUGUGCUGAGUAAGGACGAUGUCGAGUUGAUACAGAUUCUACAGAGAAAGAAACAUCAAAAACUCGCUAAUGAGGAACUAUAUGACCCGUGGGUAGACUGGUUUUCCAGUGAAGUGAUGAUUCACCCCCUUUCAAACCAACCCGAACACAAGAGGAGCUUUAUACCCUCCAAAUGGGAAAAACUCAAGGUGGGUCAGAUGGUGCAUGCCCUGAAGAUGGGCUGGAUGAAACCUAGCAAGCCAGAUGAUGAAAAAGAUGAGGAGGAGGAUGACGAGCCAAAUUUCUACAUGAUCUGGAAUGAUGACGAUGACUCUGAGAUGAACAAGCGAUACCGCCAGCAUAUCCCCGCGCCAAAGACAUCACUGCCUGGGCACGCAGAGAGCUACAAUCCUCCACCAGAGUAUCUGCUCACUAAAGAAGAGGAAGAGCGUUGGAAAGACAAAGACCGAGAGGAUAGAAGAGUCAACUUCAUACCCAAGAAGUUUCCUAACCUACGAACUGUUCCUGGUUACUCAACAUUUAUACAGGAGAGGUUUGAGCGAUGUCUGGAUCUGUACCUGUGUCCAAGACAGAGGAAAAUGAGGAUGAAUGUUGAUCCAGAAGAUUUGAUACCCAAACUGCCCAAACCCAAAGACCUUCAGCCUUUCCCUACCACACAGUCAUUGAUCUACAAGGGACACACAGGCAUGGUACGUUGUGUAACAGUUGACCCUAGCGGUCAAUGGAUAGCCAGCGGUGGAGACGAUGGAACUGUUAGGGUUUGGGAAGUUUCAACAGCCCGGUGCUUGAAGACGACGCUUGUCCAUGGAGGAGGGAAAGUCAAGUGUAUAGCAUGGAAUCCAAACCCUGCUGUAUGCCUGGUUGCUGUUGUGAGCGACCGAAGCGUAAUGCUGCUGAAUCCAGGGGUCGGUGAUAAACUCCAGCUGUCCAAUACAGACACCAUGCUGGAACAGACACAGCCUGUUGACAACCAAGAUGCCAAGGUUCCUGUUGCAUGGAACGUGUGUGAAGGGAAAGAGUUUGAAGCAGGCUUUCGACUGAAUCUCUCACACGGACAUGACGUCUCCCAGGUGACAUGGCAUUCCAAGGGAGACUACUUCGCCACGGUAAUGCCCCAAGGACAAUCGCGAUCAGUGCUUAUACACAAGUUGUCACGGAAACGCUCACAAAACCCGUUCUCCAAGUCCAAGGGCAUUGUACAGUGUGUGAGAUUCCAUCCACUGAGACCUUUCCUGUUUGUUGCAACACAGAGGUUUGUGAGAGUUUACAAUCUGCUGAAACAAGAGCUGAGCAAGAAGCUGAUGACCAACUGCAAGUGGGUGUCCAGUCUUGCAGUGCACCCUGAAGGUGAUAAUCUGUUAAUUGGCAGCUAUGAUAGCAGGUUGAGCUGGUUUGACCUGGACCUUUCCACCAAACCGUACCAGACUCUCAAACACCACAAGAAGGCGAUUCGUCAAGUGUGUUAUCACCGUCGUUACCCGCUGUUUGCCUCUGUCAGUGAUGACUGCUCCAUCAUUGUGUGUCACGGAAUGGUCUACAAUGAUAUGCUACAGAACCCAUUGAUUGUACCAGUGAAGGUGUUGCGAGGACAUACGCCAGAAAAAGACGUUGGCAUCCUAGACUGUGUGUUCCACCCGACACAACCCUGGAUUUUCUCUGCAGGGGCAGACUCAACCAUUAGACUGUUUACUUGAGAUUGGC